AUGGCCGACCGAAGAAGAAUUAAUGGGCCGCCCAGCGGCACCAGGCCUGCGGUCUUUGCCUCGUCGCUCAAAACCACUGGUGCGGCACCUACAAGACCACAGCGGCAGAGAAAGCCGAAUGAAUUGCGCAAAAUAUUUAUCAAGACAGGCUUGAUCCCAUCCGCAUCUGGCUCUGCAUACCUUGAAUUCGAACCCUCAGCGUCUCUCGCUGCUGCUCGCUCUUCUCCUCAGUCUCUCAUCCCUCCCUCAUCAGCUUUAAAACUAGCCUGCACAGUCCACGGGCCCAAACCGCUUCCUCGGUCUGCGACCUUCUCACCCAAUCUCGUCCUCACCACUCAUGUGAAGUAUGCGCCGUUUGCUGCACGUCGGCGGAAAGGGCACAUCAGAGACUCCAGCGAACGCGAUCUCGGUGUACACUUAGAGACGGCGCUGCGGGGGGCUAUAAUCGCCGAACGGUGGCCCAAAAGUGGUUUGGAUAUCACAAUUACUAUCUUAGAGGCAGAAGAUGAUCGCUGGUGGGGCGAUGCGCCAGACUCCCAUGAUGCGCCGUGGGGGAUGAUGAAUGUCUUAGCUGGAUGCAUUACAGCGGCGUCGGCAGCCAUUGCGGAUGCGCGGAUCGAUUGUCUGGAUCUUGUCGCUGGCGGAGUGGCUGCCCUUGUUUCCGACGAGUCAGCGGAAGGAGCGCGGUCGACACCUCAGCUGAUGCUGGAUACCGAUCCGGCGGAACAUCGAUCGAUUUUAUCAGCAUGCGUGGUCGCGUACAUGCCUUCCCGGGAUGAGAUCACAGAGCUCUGGCUCAAGGGUGAUAGUUCAAAGGUUCAACUAGGGUCUGAUGACAGGCGCACAGGGCAUGAUGCGUUAAUAGACGGGGCAGUAGAUGCUGCUCGAGGAGCACAUACAGUCUUGGCAGAGGCAGUGAGGGAAUCUGCGGAACGGUUUGCUGGCCUGGCUACAUUGUAA